UUUGGAUAUAUGUGGACUUUCUAGGGAUUUGUUUGAUCUCCAUGAAAGGAUAUUAUGGAUCUUCUUGAAGUAUUUGAUUGUCAAGAAAUAUCCAGCUACAUACUGACAGUGGCGGACCCAGGAUUCAGUGGUCCAGGAUGCUCACCUUAAAAUGAGCAAAAAAAUAUAUUGCUUUGAGUAGGGUUCAAAUUCUGCUCCUCCAUGGCUUAGCCUAAAGCCCACCACCUUUCAACCAAAGCACCAAGAUCUUUUAUUGCUUGUUGGGUGCUAUUUAUUAUGUUAUACCAAAAACUCAAUAUUUUCUACAUAUCUACAUAAAGUAUCCGCCAUGGUUAAUGGAUGCUCGAGCACCAAAAAUUGAUACAUGGGUCCGUCCCUGCGUACUAACGUCUUUUUGAAUACCCAUGAGUUAAUGGAAUAUUUGAGAUGUCUUUCAAGGGAAUAUGUACCCCUUUUUAUAGGCGUGAUCUAAAGUUCAGGGUAGAGGAGCCUCCAAGAAACCCUAAUGGACCUUAGAGUUUGAAGAUGGAUUGGACUCGUCUUGUAGAGUCCUAUUUCAAAUCUGAUGCGGAAUCCAAAUGAAGUUGAGAAAGAACAAUACGAGGGAUUCUACAAGAAAUCUGUCAAUGAGUUUUUGGAUCCACUUGCCUAUACUCACUUCACUACAGAGGGUGAGGUGGAGUUUAGAAGUGUUUUAUAUAUACCUGGAAUGGCUCCUUUGAAGAAUGAAGAAGUUACAAAUGCCAAGACAAAGAAUAUUUGCUUGUUUGUGAAGCGUGUAUUUAUUUCCGAUGAUUUUGAUGGGGAGUGGUUCCCUAGAUACCUGAGCUUUGUCAAGAGAUUGGUGGAAUCAAAUGACCUUCCUCUUAAUGUUUCAAGGGAGAUCCUUCAGGAAAGCCGAAUUGACAAUGAGAAAGAGACUGUGACGUAUGGAUAACUGCUUGGUCGUGUGGAGCGAAGAUGAGAAGAUGGGACGCGAUGGUGGCUAGCUAUGCAACAGGGCUAUUUUCGCAAUUCAAGUCAUUAUCCCUAAAGAAGACUACCAAACAAGGCACUUACUUCAUUAAUGGUAUUUUUGUAAUUGUUAAUCUAGUCUUCUUUAGCCUAAUAGUAUAAAUACUAGCCUUAGUUUAUUUCAUUACGAAGAUGAGAUGAAUUAUGAUUUGAGAAUACUCUUUGGAGUGAGAGUUUGUUUAGCUACGUAGUUAUAGAGUUAGUGAUAGUUAUAGUUCAUCAUAUGUGGAUUUCUUUGUUGGCUAUGAACCAUUUUCUAUUGAUUUCACGAAGAGUUGUUCAUUUGUGGAUAUCAAUUGAAUUUCUCUGGCCUUGAUUUCAAAUAGUAUAGGUUCUCUUAGGUUGAA